AUGGGUUCAUUUUCUCUUCUUCGACCGGCUUCGUAUAGGUGUUUCAUCAUACUAGCCGCUAUCGUCCUUAUUGGCCCAACAUCUCUAUUCCUCCUCCGACUUCACAAUCGAGCGUGUGUUUUUCAACUCAAACGAAACGGUACAAUAUCAGAUUCUCCCAUUACACCAAGGCCCAGUACGGCCCCACCAGUUGUUUAUGUAUCUCCAGGUAAUCCUUUUGACAUAAACUUUGACGAAACCUUAUAUCGCAAUCGGGGUACCUCACAGGUCAAAAUCGAAGCAGACUAUGAACCGGAAAAUACCCUAAGCUCGGCUUCUUCGCUGCCUUCGGAGGGAAAAAGACUCCACAAGAGAGUGUUAAUACCUGUGUCAUGGUUGCAAAUGCGAACCCUCAUCAACCAUCCGGGACAUGGCCCGGGUCGUGAUCUUCUACUCCCCGGUGUUACCGCCGCGCUGAGCUUCCUCUCUGAAUCUGAAGAGUAUGAAGAAAAUUUCGAUUCAAUCAAGAAGAUAUCCGAGGACUUAGAUGCGUGGUUAUCUAGGGAAGCUGCCAUAUCUAGAAAUUCUCCACGAAAUUCUGAGACAGGGAGUUUUCUCUAUGCUUUGCGGAGUUACAAGGACGCCGUGAAGGGUUACCCGGACUUUAUGUCCUAUAUGGAAGACCUAGUACCUUCUUUGGGGAACCUUGGUGCUUUUGGCUCUUUUACAAGUCCGGACAUCAUGACAAAAUUGGUUUUCAUGUUGAACGAAGAAGGUGAUGAAGAGCUCGACGAUGAAUGGCUUAGGUUUCUCGUGAACUUUUUUAAAGAAUCAGCUGAAGGCCUGCGUGAGUGGGUUGACGAGGUGCAGUUCGCGAAAGAUACAUUUGUGGGGACGAUAAAAGAACGACAAUCACAAAUAGUGUCUGAUGGGGACUUUGCUAAGCUGCAAGCCGAUGUCGAUACAAUAUUAGAAUGGUCAUCAGCACUUGCGGAAACCGGCGAGAAAGCCUCAAAAUUUCUGGGAGAAUUUCGUGAAGUAAUAAGAGAGGUGGAGUAUGAAACCCCUGGGACUCUCCCAUACACCCCAAGAAUUGGGCGGACUAGAUGGUUACAAUCUCCAACAGAUUCGGAGGACAGCGGUAACGUCUUCAAUCGCCUGGAUAAUGAGCCUCUUACACCACCACCGCAGAUCCAAGGCGAUGAAUACAUUGAUUAUUUGAGGAGGCCACCUUGGGCUUCGAAUCAAAAUCCCGGGCUUAUGAGGGAGGAACAAGUUCCAGGCUCUGAUGAACAAAUUCCGGGCUCCGAGGAACUUGAAGCUCGAGAAUCGAACAUGCAAUAA